GUAAGAAAUCUUCACAAAAUGAAGAUCCUGCUGAUUAUAUUUGUCCUAAUUCUUUGGAGUGAAACAUUGGCAGAUCAGAGCCCAGGGCCAGGCCCUGAGUAUGCAGAUGUGGUGUUUCUGGUGGACAGCUCUGAUCACCUGGGAAUUAAAUCCUUCCCAUUUGUGAAAACAUUCGUCAACAAAAUGAUCAACAGUCUCCCCAUAGGGGCCGACAAAUACCGCGUGGCCCUGGCCCAGUACAGCGACGAGCUCCACAGCGAAUUCCAGCUGAGCACCUUCCGGAGCAGGAACCCCAUGUUGAACCACCUCAAGAAGAACUUUGGGUUCAUCGGCGGGUCCCUGAGGAUAGGAAGUGCUCUCCAGGAGGCUCACAGGACUUACUUCUCUGCACCCACAAAUGGGAGAGACAAGAAGCAGUUUCCCCCUAUUUUGGUGGUCCUGGCUUCGGCUGAGUCUGAGGAUGACGUGGAAGAGGCUUCGGAGGCCCUGCGGAAAGACGGGGUGAAAAUCAUCUCUGUGGGGAUGCAGAAAGCAUCUGAGGAAAACCUGAAGUCCAUGGCCACGUCUCAGUUUCAUUUCAACCUUCGGACGGUCAGAGACCUCAGCAUGUUUUCCCAAAACAUGACGCAGAUCAUCAAGGAUGUAACAAAGUACGAGGAAGCAGCAGUCGAUGCUGAUGCCCAAGUUCCCCUCCCCAUAACCUGUGAGAAAGAUUCACUUGCUGACCUUGUGUUCCUGGUGGACGAGUCACUUGGUACCAGCCAAAAUUUAAGGAACCUUCAGAGCUUUCUGGAGAACAUUAGUAGCUCCAUGGAUGUGAAGGACAACUGCAUGCAGCUUGGACUGAUGAGCUAUAGUGAUAGCGCAGAGGCCAUUUCUUUUCUGAAAUUGAGCACAACCCAAUCUGAAUUUCAGCAGCAAAUCCAGAAACUUUCUCUCCAGGUUGGGAAAUCCAGUACUGGGGCUGCCAUCGAGCAGAUGAGGAGAGACAGCUUCUCAGAGUCAAGUGGCAGCAGAAGGGCACAGGGGGUGCCUCAGAUUGCAGUCCUGGUCACCCACAGACCAUCAGAUGACAAGGUGCGUGAGGCUGCACUGGACCUUCGGCUGGAGGACACCACUGUGUUUGCCAUUAGCAUCCAAGGGGCUAACAACACCCAGUUAGAAGACGUAGUGUCUUACCCGCCGGGACAGACCAUUUCCAUGCUGGAGUCCUAUGCAGACUUGGGAACUUACAGUAAAAACUUCCAGAAAAAGCUCCGAAAUGAAAUAUGGUCCCAAAUUUCUACUCAUGCUGAACAAAUGGAACUUGAUAAAACUGGCUGUGUGGAUACAAAGGAGGCUGAUAUCUAUUUCCUCAUUGAUGGCUCAACCAGCAUCCAGAAAAAGCAGUUUGAGCAAAUCAAGGAGUUUAUGUUGUCAACAAUAGGAAUGUUUAGCGUUGGCCCAGACAAAGUCCGAGUUGGAGUUGUGCAGUAUUCAGAUAAGAGGGAAGUGGAAUUUAAUAUUGCUGACUAUUCUAAUGACAUUGACUUAAGCAAGGCUGUUGCUAACAUCAAGCAACUAGAAGGUGGCACUUAUACUGGGGAAGCCCUGGAUUUCAUACUGCCAAUAAUAAAAAAUGGAAGCAAAGAUAGGACAAGUGGGGUUCCCUGUUACCUCAUUGUUCUGACUGAUGGGAAGUCCUCGGAUAGAGUCCUGGAACCUGCUGAGAGACUAAGGGCUGAGCAAAUCACCAUCUAUGCAGUUGGCAUUGGGGAUGCUGAAAAAGCAGAACUGCAACAAAUUGCUGGGAAAGAAGAAAGGGUUAACUUUGGGCAGAACUUUGAUGCUUUAAAGAGCAUAAAAAAUGAAGUUGUUCACAGAAUCUGCACUGAAAAAGGAUGUGAAGACAUGAAAGCUGAUGUCAUGUUUCUGGUGGACAGUUCUGGAAGUAUAGGACAUGAAAAUUUUGAGAAAAUGAAAACCUUCAUGAAAAACCUGUUAACUAAGAUUCAAAUUGGUGCAGACAAAACCCAAAUUGGUGUUGUUCAGUUCAGUGAUGAUACAAAGGAAGAGUUCCAGCUUAAUAAAUACUUUACACAGAAAGAAAUUUCUGAUGCAAUAGACAGAAUGUCUCUCAUCAGUAGAAACACUAUGAUGGGACAUGCACUUACCUCUAUAGCUCAGUAUUUCACUGGCCCCAUGGGGGCCCGUUCUGGAGUCAAAAAGUUUCUCAUCCUCAUCACAGAUGGAGAAGCACAGGAUGCUGUGAGAAAUCCUGCUAGAGUUCUUCGGGACAAAGGUGUGACCAUCUUCUCUGUGGGGGUAUACGGUGCCAAUAGACCUCAGCUAGAGGAGAUCAGUGGGGAUGGCACCCUAGUUUUUCACGUUGAGAACUUCGAUGAUCUAAAGACAAUAGAAAGUAAACUCAUCUUUGGCAUAUGUGCUCGCCAUGAUUGCAAAAGGAUUAAACUGUUAGACGUUGUGUUUGUGCUGGAUCAUUCAGGCAGCAUAAGUUCACCACAGAGAGAACACAUGAUGGACCUAACUAUCCAUUUGGUGAAGAAAGCGGAUGUUGGCAGGGACCGAGUUCAGUUUGGAGCUCUCAAAUACUCUGAAUAUCCAGAAAUUCUUUUCUACCUUAACACAUACCCAAACAGUUCAGCAAUCGUUGAGAAUCUGAGGAGGCGCAGGGACACCGGAGGGAGAACCUUCACUGCCAGGGCUCUCGAGCAUGCGGACACCCUGUUCAGGGAGGAACGCGGUAGCCGCAUCAAACAAAACGUGAAGCAGAUGCUGAUCGUCAUCACCGACGGGCAAUCUGAUGAUCGAACGCUGCUCAAUGACACAGCGCUGAAGUUGAGAAACAAAGGCAUCACCAUCUUUGCAGUGGGUAUAGGAGCGGCCAACCAAGAGGAACUUGAGGCUAUGGCAGGGAAUAAAAACAAUACUAUCCAUGUGGAUAAUUUCGACAAACUGAAAGAUGUUUACAUGCCUGUACAAGAAAGUAUGUGUACCAAUGCACAAGAGGUCUGUAACCUUCAGGAAGCUGAUGUAAUUUUCCUUUGUGAUGGCUCUGACAUGGUAUCUAAUUCAGAGUUUGUUACCAUGACAACUUUCUUGUCAGACUUAAUUGAUCAUUUUGACAUUCAGUCUCAAAGAAUGAAAAUUGGUAUGGCUCAAUUUGGAAGCCGCUACCAGAAAAUUGUUGAGUUGAAAAGCUCUCUGACGGAAACCCAGUGGAAGACUCAAAUCCUAACUGUCUCCAAGAGCAGUGGGUUUCCACGAAUCGACUUGGCCCUCAGAAACGUGAUCAAUAUGUUUAAUCCAUCUGCUGGUGGGAGAAGAAACGCUGGUGUCCCUCAAACUUUGGUUGUUAUCACAUCAAGUGACCCCUACUAUAAUGUGGCAGAUGCAGUAAAAACCCUGAAGAGCCUUGGAAUCUGUGUCCUGGUUGUGGGCAUAGGAGAUGUUCAUAAGGAACAGCUUCUCCCCAUAACAGGCAAUUCUGCAAAAAUAAUCACUUUUAAGGAAUUUAAUAAAUUAGAGAAUGUGGAUGUGAAAAAAAGAAUGGUUCGUGAAAUCUGCCAGAGCUGCGGGAAAACCAAUUGCUUUGUGGACAUAGUGGUCGGAUUCGACAUCUCUACUCACCUGCAGGGGCAGCCUUUGUUCCAGGGCCACCCCCGGCUGGAAUCCUACCUCCCAGGCAUCUUAGAGGACAUCACUUCCAUCAGGGGGGUGAGCUGUGGGUCAGGUGCAGCGACACAGGUGAGCUUGGCCUUUAAGGUGAACAAUGACGAAGGUUUCCCUGCCAAGUUCCAAAUCUACCAGAAAGCAAUAUUUGACAGCUUGCUACAAGUCAAAGUCAGUGGGCCAACUCAUCUGAAUGCACAGUUCUUGCAGUCUCUGUGGGACACAUUUGAGGAUAAAUCUGCAUCCCGGGGACAGGUGCUGCUUGUCUUUUCAGAUGGUCUCCAGAGUGAAAGCAGCAUAAUGCUUGAAAAUCAAUCGGACAGGCUCAGAGAAGCAGGACUUGAUGCUCUGCUGGUGGUUUCCCUUAACACAACUGCUCAUCAUGAGUUUUCCAGCUUUGAAUUUGGAAAAGGAUUUGAUUAUAUGACUCACCUGACCAUUGGAAUGAGAGAACUGGGCAAAACACUAUCACAGUACCUGGGAAACAUUGUGGAGAGGACUUGCUGCUGUACAUUUUGUAAGUGCCCAGGGGUUCCAGGAACUCAGGGGACCCGAGGACUACAAGCCAUGAAGGGUUCUUCAGGUGUGAAAGGCAGCAGAGGACACAGGGGAGAGGACGGAGACCCUGGAAGACGAGGAGAUAUAGGACCCCAAGGAGAUAAAGGGAUUUCAGGAUGCGUAGGGGAGCAGGGUCAGAAGGGAACCAGAGGAUUCCCUGGACAGAAGGGAGAACAUGGAGACGAUGGCAUUGAUGCAUUUGAUGGGGAAGAGGGCUUUCGUGGAUUUCCUGGGAAAAAGGGAGAAAAAGGUGAUCCAGGAUCUCAGGGAAGCCCAGGUUCCAGAGGCCCCCCUGGGGGACAUGGAGAGAAGGGCUUCCCAGGAGAUCCAGGCAAUCCAGGACAAAACAAUAACAUCAAAGGACAAAAGGGCUCCAAAGGAGAACAAGGAAGACAAGGUACAACUGGACAGAAAGGGACACAAGGCAGUCCUAGUUCCAGAGGAAGCAGGGGAAGAGAAGGCCCAAGAGGACUCCAGGGUGCCCCAGGAGAACGAGGAGAUCCUGGACUUCAAGGUACACCGGGAGCUGAAGGAUUACAAGGCCUGCAGGGGUUAAAUGGAAAUCCUGGCAGCAAAGGAGAAAAAGGAAGCCAGGGCCACAAAGGACCUCAGGGUUCUCCUGGGCUAGUGGGAGCUAAAGGGAGCAUCGGAAGACCUGGACUUUUGGGCAAAAAAGGAGAACCUGGAAUUCUUGGAGAUCCGGGGCCAGUGGGGCAAGCUGGACAGCGAGGAAUACAGGGAGACUCUGGCAAUCCAGGCUAUGGUCAUAUGGGGCAGAAAGGAGUAAAGGGCCCAAGAGGAUUCCCAGGAGAUAUGGGGCAGAAGGGUGAUGUUGGUGAUCCUGGAAUUCCUGGGGAACCUGGACCCAAAGGAUUUAGGGGACUGACACUCACUGUAGGCUCGAAAGGUGAAAAGGGAUCUCAGGGACACCAAGGGCCUCCUGGACGGAGAGGCAUUAAAGGCAUGCCGGGGCAGCCUGUAUAUUCUCAAUGUGAUCUGAUCCAGUUCAUGCGGAAACACAGUUCUUGCUGGAGAGAAAAGUGUCCAGUGUAUCCAACAGAGCUGAUAUUUGCCCUGGAUCAGUCCUCUGGUAUCACAGAGCAGAGAUUUAAUCAAACAAGGGACAUGAUCACUUCCAUUAUCAAUGACCUUAACAUCAGGGAAAAUAACUGCCCUGUAGGAGCAAGAGUUGCUGUUGUUUCCUAUGACUCAGGCACCAGCUUUCUCAUCCGUUGGUCCAACUACCAUAGGAAGAAGCAGCUUCUCCAGCAGCUUUCCCAGAUAAAAUAUCAAAGCAGCACAGAGGCCCGAGACAUCGGUAAUGCAAUGAAGUUUGUGGCCCGCCACGUUUUCAAGCGGACGUAUGCAGGAGGCAACGUGAGGAGAGUUGCUGUGUUCUUUAGCGAUGGUCAAACAGCCAGUAGGUCGUCCAUCAUCACGGCCACCAUGGAGUUCAGCGCCCUGGAUAUCAGUCUGGCAGUCUUUGCUUUUAAUGAAAGAGUUUUCCUCGAUGAGGCUUUUGGAUUUGAUGACACUGGGACAUUUCAGGUGAUUCCAGUUCCUUCAAAUGGGGAAGAUAAAACAUUAGAAAGACUUCGGCUUUGUACACUUUGCUAUGAUAAAUGUUUUCCAAAUACUUGCACUCAAGAGAUUUUCUUACCUGAAAAUUCAUACAUGGACGUAGCCUUCCUCUUAGACAAUUCUCGGAAUAUAGCAAAUGAUGAAUUUAAGGCUGUGAAAGCCUUGGUGAGCUCAGUGAUCGACAACUUCAACAUUGCUUCAGACCCUUUAACCUCAGACUCUGGUGAUAGGAUUGCCUUGCUAAGCUAUUCUCCUUGGGAUAGUUCCAGGAGAAAGAAAGGUGCAGUAAAAACAGAGUUUGAGUUUACAACUUAUAACAGCCGAGUCCUAAUGAAGAGACACAUCCAGAAUUCCCUCCAACAGCUAAAUGGAGAAGCCACAAUUGGUCGUGCCCUACUGUGGACCAUGGAAAAUCUCUUCCCAGGAACACCCAACCUAAGAAAACACAAAGUCAUUUUUGUGGUCUCAGCUGGAGAAAAUCAUGAGAGAAAGGAAUUUUUAGAGAAGAUGGCUCUGAGGGCCAAGUGUCAGGGCUAUGUCAUAUUUGUGAUUUCACUGGGCUCUACCUAUGAGGACGAUGUGGAGGACUUAGCCAGCUACCCACUUGAUCACCACUUGAUACAGCUUGGACGAAUGCAUAAACCAGAUCUGGAUUAUAUUGUGAAGUUCUUAAAACCAUUUGUGUACUCAGUCAGACGAGGAUUCAAUCAGUACCCACCACCAAUGCUGGUGAGUGCCUGCAGACUCAUCAAUUCAGAAGGACAAGAUAAUCAAAAUGGUGAUCACCAAUUUACUACUGAGCUACUGGAGAUUUCUUCAGGAGAGAAUGGCUUCAUUGAUCAAGAAUUAAGUGCUGGGAAAGGCUCAUCUUUUAUGUUAGACGACAGUGGAAGUGACCAUUUGGUUUAUCUUCCAAGCCAAAUUUUUGAGCCACAGAAAUUAGCAAAUAAUUAUGAAAAACAUCAGGAAUCUGUAGACAUUGCAAGUCUCACUUCUGGACAUGAAAAUCAUGGCAGAAAAGAAGAACCAGGCCUUACUAAUGGACCUGGAGAUGCCUCUCUUCAAGAAUACUACAUGGAUGUGGCUUUCCUCAUAGAUGCUUCCCAAAGAGUAGGAAGUGAUGAAUUUAAGGAAGUGAAAGCUUUUGUGACCUCAGUGCUUGAUUACUUUCACAUAGCUCCAGAUCCACUGACCUCCACCGUAGGAGACAGAGUGGCUGUCCUGAGCUACUCUCCCCCAGGCUACGUGCCCAACAGUGAAGAGUGCCCCAUCUACCUGGAAUUUGAUUUGGUUACAUAUAACAGUAUAUAUCAAAUGAAACAUCAUCUCCAAGACUCUCUUGAGCAACUCAAUGGAGAUGUUUUUAUUGGCCAUGCCCUGCAGUGGACACUUGACAAUGUCUUCGUGGGAACCCCCAAUCUGAGAAAAAACAAAGUUAUCUUUGUAGUAUCUGCUGGCGAAACAAACCCAUUAGACAAGGAAGUCUUAAGAAACGUAUCUCUGAGAGCCAAAUGUCAAGGCUACUCCAUAUUUGUGUUUUCCUUUGGUCCCACACACAAUGACAAGGAAUUAGAAGAAUUAGCCAGCCACCCCCUGGAUCAUCAUUUAGUACAGCUUGGCCGAACCCACAAGCCAGAUUGGGACUAUAUCAUCAAGUUUGUCAAGCCAUUUGUUCAUUUAAUCAGACGUGCCAUCAACAAAUAUCCCACGAAAGAUCUGAUUGCCACAUGUGUUAACAUCACCUCUCCCAACCCAGAGAACGUUGGCACAGACACUGUAUUACUUAUUCCUGAGGUGUAUGAAAUAAAGACAGAAAACAGUGAGCUGUUUGGUGAAACUGGUUCCCAGGAGCAAUAUUUCCUUGUAUUAGGUAACAAAUCUAGUGGUUCUGAGAUUGCUACCGAUUUGAUCCAGAAGUUAUACAAGCUCUUUUCAAUUGAGGAAUUGAUGAUGAAAGACAAGCAAGAGGUACAUUCCGAAGAAAUUACAACUCCAGUGAAUGAUGAACAACAAGGGAAAAAAGAUGGUAAAGACAAAAGAUGAUCAUAGCAGAAAAGAAGAUAGCUCCAUUGGCAUGUAUAAUUCCACGUGGUUCUAACCAGAAAUUAUAAAGCAUCUGUUAGAGGUGGAGUGGUAAAUGGCAGGAAUUUUUCAUGAAAACAAUUGGCUAAUAGCAUGCUAAAUUUGCUCUCCUCCUCAGAUCUGAGGGGAAGACUUUUCUGAGUGAUCAAUGAGGAGACCUGAGAAACUAGGAAUGAUUUCAUUUCUCCUGAGAAUUGGGAAAACUGACCUGGAAGAGUUAACUGAAUCUUCUUUGACAGCUCUGCACAGUUCAGACGUCAAUUUUGAUGAUAUAUCUGCCUAAGAAGAGUUUUGUCAUGAUUUUCAUCACAUCUAUAUCUCAGAUUGGACUCCUGAGUGAAAAGCAUUUAGCAUUAGAGUUUCCUAAGAAAAUCUUCUACCUGUUCUUAGAACUGGAAACCCAUGCCCAUAUCUUCAGUUCUGGUAUGACCCUAAUACUGCAUCUGGCACCGAUUGCUCUGUAAAACCACCUGUCAGGCUGCUACCACCCCAAGUCAAUGCUUUCCCUUUACCAGGGUAUGUACAAAAGAAUGGAUUGGGUGAAAAAGAAAAAAAUGAGAAGAGGCUAAUUUUACAAACCACUAUUUUGUGCUGUGAUCGUUUGCUUUACAUUUUAGCAGGCUUUGCUUCGUGUAUAUUGAAUUGUUGCUGCAAUAAGAAAAUUAUGGAAGCGCAUAAAUACGCUGUAUGACCAGAACAGUUCUUGGGAAUUACAAUGUAGUAAGAGACAAUUUCUAAAAUAGAAACAAGUCUGACCUGGAAGUGUGUUCUGUUCAUUUUUAUUCAACUGUGGUCUAAAAGACCCAUUAGAACACCAGUACAGGACUAAACAUAUUUGGAACAUUUACAUAAAAUGUAAAAUUAGCCAACAGUGAAUUAGUUUUAAAAAUCAUUCCCACUAUAAAAUAUAUAC